GUACACGUAUGCGUUACCUAGUUACAAAAGGGAGAAAAAUUCGACCCCUCAGACUUGCUCCUAUGGAUAGAACUUACAGAGAUGCUCCAGUGGCCAGGAAGAGGUACUCCUUCAGUCGUAGCAAGAUAGUCACCCCCGGGUUGGUGUAUUCCCGUCACCUUGAAGGGUCCUUCCUACCUGGGGGAGAGUUGCAGAGCCCUUCUUUGUUUGGUACUUGCCGUAGGACUAGGUCCCGACCCUGGGUUCCCAUCUGCGUUUGAUGACGGAGUCCUCGUACUCAUGCUGUAGCCAUUUCUGCAUGGACUUGUCAGAAGUCUGGACCCGUGGGGAGUCCAGAAGGGUUUUCGGGGGAAGGUAGGCUUCGGCCCCGUAGACCGGGGAGUACGGGGUCCCUCCGAGGGUCCAUCUAGUUGUCGCCACCGGAGUAGGAGUCUCCGGCGAAGACAUCCUUCAGGUCCCCCUCGGGUGACUGAUACCCGAGGUCUCGUUCAGCCGCGGCCACCUCGCUGUCGUCGACCCUUUCCUUGCCAGGUCGGCGACGGGGUGGGGAGCCUUCCUUGGAAAACUGCUCGCGCCGCUCGCUGACGUGUUUCGCGAGGUCGAUGAUCUCGCGACAUUUCGCGGCGCUGUGGCAACCGUUGGGGUGCACAGGGCAUGAGCCGCUGUUACCCCUCUGCGGCCGUGGGCGUUUGUUGCGGUCGCCUCGGCCUCCAGUCGCGGCUGCGACGACUAGAGCGGUGGACCGCGACUUCUGGUGGUCGCGGUCCUUCUUCUUUUUUCUUUUUACCGUCCCGGGGGACAGUACCCGAGCCACCCGUCUGGGUAACCCCGGUCUGCGGGGCCGAGUGCCAUGCACGGCCCUCGGCGGCUCUGGCGCACUUGUCGGCCAGAGUGAAGAGUGUGGAGACAGUCUCCACGUCAUGCGUGGCCAACUUCUCCAACAUUUUCGCAUCAUGUACUCCCUGACGGAAGGCCGUGAUGAUGGAAGCAUCGGAAAUGCGAGGUAUAGUACCUCGCACCUUGGUGAAGCGGGAGAUGAACGUCCGGAGAGUCUCCCCGGGCUCCUGCCUUACUGCGUGGAGGUGGGCUUCCACACCGUGUUGCUGGUAAGCGCUGGCGAAGUUUGCAACGAAUCGCGCGCAGAGCUCUUCCCAGGAGUAGAUUGACCCUGGGGUGAGGUUCAUGGGCCAAGUCCGGGCAGGCCCAGACAAGGCGACAUAAAAAUUUUAUGUCGCCAUCACAGCGGUUUUUUCACCUGCUGCUGUGAUAGCGGUGACGUACACCUGCAGGAAUUCCGACGGAUUUGACGUACCGUCGUACUUUUCCGGCAGGUGCGGCCGGAACUUGGAUGGCCAUGACGCCGCGCGAAGAUGAUCCGCGAGGGCGGCGCAGCCUACACCGGCCAAGGGGACACCCGCUUGGGACCGGGUGCCCAUUGGGGCCUGCGGUGCUACCGCAACGAAGUCUUGAUCGAGGUUGCGACCCUCGAUGUUUUGCCGACGCUCGCGCGCCCUCUCUAAAGAGAUCCGGGCGUCCUCUCCCGCAUGCCUGCGGUUGAGCUCUGCCCGGAGGUCGUCGGUCUGCGCGCCCCUUACUGAGGGUGAGCGCACAGACGUCGUCGCCUCACGUUGGCGUCGGGAUGACCGAGGCUUGGACCUGGUCGAGGUGGAAUGCGCCAUGCCGAGCAGCCGGUCGACGUCGUCGCGCCACUGCUUCAUGGCCCCUGACGAGGCCGUGGAGCUUGGAGGGUGGCGCAGCAACUCUCUGGCCGCGGACAACGCGCCGGGCGCCGCUCUUGACGGAGUCCGGGACGUCUGCGCAGUUGUAUGCUGCCGUGCAGCGUGCACACCAGCAGUGCCCGGCACAGGGCGGUUGGGAACCUGUGGCGUGGAAGAAGCAGCUUCUUCCUCCACCACGAAAUCCACCGAAGUCUCGGUGCGGUACUCAACGAUUUGCACCAUCAUGCUGAGCGAGAAAACAAGCAAAAACCUAAUGCCAAGAGCCCUACCUGGCGCGCCAAAUGUCGGAGAGGGAAAUCUCCGCCGGGUGGCGGAAUGCACCCGCCCUAAUCCUAAGAUGAGGAGGGGGCUUAAGCGUUUUGCCUGUUGGCAGAUGAACGAUGAACUCAAGAACACGCAAGAGUUUAGAGUGGUUCGGGCCACCGGAGCGUAACACCCUACUCCACUGUGUAAUGUAUUGAACUUGUUUGAACUUGUGAGCUUGAGCUAGGUCUAAAUAUGCUUGAGUCUGUCCAUCGAGUGUGUUUCUUUUUCUUUGUAACGUUGUAUGCCUCCCCUUUUAUAGUUCAAGGGGGGGGGGGCGUACAAGGGUGCUGAGCCCCGACAUGUGGGUUCAGGAAUAUAAUGGAUGUAAUACUUGGAGUUGCUUGGAGCAAUUUUCUUGCACCCUGACAUCCGCGAUCUGCGUGGUAUUGACGUGCAGGGGAAGCUUCCCUGGCAACGCAUAAGUGAUGAUGGCCACAAUGCACCUUGCAGCACGGGCGUACUGUUUGACAAUGGACUGGACAGGCACGCCGCCUGCAGGAUGGCCUGGACGCCGCCUGCCAGCUGAGUGGACAGGUCACAAUAAAUGCUGAGGCGGCACAUCGCCUGUCAGCAGGGUGGACAGUCGGCGCGUCCUCUCCGUAAUAAAUGCAGAGACCGCGCGGCCCAGAGGCCUUACGUCAGGCUCCGCACGUUGGCUUACAUCACGGGCAACAAGCCACAUAGCAGCAUCGGGUCUCCGCCUGAGCGGAGCGCAAGCGUACAAGAUAAAGCCUGGACACGUGUUAGUACCGGACCCUUGCUUAGGCCAGGGUAUCCCCUGUUCUGGGACCUUGUUAUGGGUGGCCCGGUCCUUACUCGGAGGGAUCCGGACCCCAUCCAAGGGACCCAACAUGCUUACUUGGGGGUCCCGGACCGUAUCCGGGGGUUCGGGCUGUGCGUACAGGGGUCCGGUGCUUCCUCGUGGAGGUCCGGUACAACUGAUGGCAUCCUGGGAUAUAUCAUCUUUUCUGGCCACGUGACGCCCCUGGAGCCGUCCACGCGGUGGGGUCAGGUGCCGUUUACCGCGCGGCUAGAGAUUGCCGCACGGGCACCAUGCCUUCAUACUGUAGUAAGGGAUACCCCUGAUUCAGGGUACCGACAGAUACACUGCCAAGGAAUCAGAUAAUUCUAGACUGACAAGGAAUUGUGUCUUGAUACCUUCAGAUAUAAAGAUUAAUGACCAGAAAUCUAUGGCUCCCUUUGCUGAGUAGCUAAUGGAUGUUUUAUUCUUGUUGUCAAGUGAGUGCAGUCCGAGGCCAGGAUGAAAUCUGUAGUGGGACUGUGGCCUAUUAUUUAUUUCUGACUGUAUACAAUAUAAUUUUCAUUCUGGUUCCUUAUCCUUUAUCUCUGAGACUUUACUAUUAGGCUCUGUUUGGUUCACAGGAAUUGAGAGGAAUUGGAAAGUAAUCUAGUAAUGAAUUGGGAAGCACUUUCUAAUUCUAUAUAUUGGAUUCAAUUCAUGGGAAGGGUACCCCUCACCUUCAAUGUCACUGGUGGCUUCAUUUUUAUGAAUCUUCCGUCUCUUUCGCUAACUGUUUGGAUCAUUUUACGUGGAGAUUGCAUGCCAUCACCUUCCUUGAAGUGAAAAAUAUAUGGGCUGAUCUUGGCAUUUCAUGGGAGGUUUUGAAGAUGAUGAACCACCCUCAAAACGCGCAAGAGCAUCCUCAGUAGAAUCUGCAAGUUUACCAGACUGUUUCUUGUUUUCAAAAUCUGCCAAUCCUUUGGGAAGUACAAUGGCUAGACCUUUGCCUUCCCAAGGGAAAGAAGCUAUGGUUGGUUCCAAGGGUGUUAUUAAGAAGGAGGAAUUUGUUAGGAUAAUCAGCAAAACUCUGUAUAGUCUUGGAUAUGAGAAAAGUGGAGCAGUUCUGGAAGAGGAAUCAGGGAUUACUUUACAUAACCCUAUGGUGAAUCUUUUCAGAGAGCAGGUGAUUGAUGGGAAUUGGGAUAAUGCGGUUGUUACCUUGAAUAAGAUUGGCCUUCAAGAUGUAAACAUCAUGAAAUCUGCGGCAUUUUUGAUAUUGGAGCAGAAAUUCUUUGAACUUCUAAGAAAUGACAAUGUCAUGGGCGCUAUGAAGACUUUACGACGUGAGAUCACACCCCUUGGUGUGAAUAGAAAAAGAGUGCAUGAACUGUCGACUUGUAUGAUUUCUUGUUCUCCACAGCAGUUGUUCCUUGGGUUUUCAAAACUUGGCAUUGAUUCUUCUAGUUCAAGGUUUAAGCUUCUAGAGGAAUUGCAAAAGGUGCUCCCUCCAACUGUUAUGGUGCCAGAGAGGAGGUUAGAAAAUUUAGUUGAGCAAGCACUUACUGUACAAAGAGAUGCUUGCUACUUCCAUAAUUCUGUUGAUGGGUUGUCACUUUACAUUGAUCAUCAUUGCGGGAAAGAUCAGCUACCAUCUCGCACGUUACAGGUUUUGCAUGCACAUCAUGAUGAAGUGUGGUUUGUCCAAUUUUCAAACAAUGGGAAGUAUUUAGCCUCAGCGUCAAAUGAUAAAUCUGCAAUUAUAUGGGAGGUUAAUGAAGAUGGAGAGCUAUUACUGAGGCAUACAUUGAGUGGUCAUCAAAAGUCAGUGAUGAUGGUUGCAUGGAGUUCAGAUGAUUGCCAGCUCCUCACAUGUGGGCAGGAGGAAGCCAUCAGACGCUGGGAUGUUAAAUCUGGCAAAUGUCUUCAUGUUUAUGAACAUCCUGGCAUUGGUUUGAGAUCAUGUGCUUGGUUUCGAGAUGGAAAGCAAAUAUUGUCUGGUCUAGCUGAUCAAACCUUUUGCAUUUGGGAUUUAGAUGGUAAGGAAGUAGAUUGCUGGAAAGGGCAGAGAUCGGCAACAACAUCUGAUUUUGCUGUAGCAAAAGAUGGAAAUCUUAUAAUAAGCUUGAGUAGGGACAAUGCAAUUCUUCUAUUUGAUAGGGAGACAAAACAUGAGAGAAUAAUUGAAGAGGGUAGUACAAUUACUUCAUUUUCUCUAUCAGAAGAUGGUGAUUUCCUGCUUGUAAAUCUUGUAAGUGAAGAGAUUCAUUUGUGGAACAUAAGAAAUGAUCCUGUUCGAGUCAACCGAUACAAUGGCCAUAAGCACAGCCGGUUUGUGAUAAGGUCUUGUUUUGGCGGAUCUGAGCAGGCGUUCAUUGCUAGUGGGAGUGAAGAUUCACAGGUCUACAUAUGGCAUAGAGCCACUGGUGAUCUCAUUGAGACUCUCGCUGGUCACUCGGGCACAGUCAACUGCGUAAGUUGGAAUCCUGUGAAUCCCCACAUGCUCGCAUCAGCGAGCGACGAUCACACAGUUCGUAUAUGGGGGGCAAAGGUCAGUCUUAAGCGCAAGGAUGUUGGGAGCAGCAAUUGCAACAGUAACGGGUUCCACCACUCGAAUGGAAAUGCACAUGGCAAUGGUUUCGCUCACCAGUGCAACGGGAACAGCACCAAAUGAUUUGCCAAGGCAAUGUACCCCCAUGGAUGGUUGACUGGCAUCUGUAAAUCCCCCUUUACUUCCCUCCUAGAACAAGAGUCGCCGCCGAAAUAGUAAAAGAAAAGAAAAGCAAAAAAGAAAGCUGCAGCACAAAGUGUGGGCAACCUGCUGGGUUUCGUGCGCCAUCUUUCCCUUGUUCUAUCAUGACAGCCAUCACAUUUAUUUCUUAAUUCAAGAUGGGAUGGAAUUAUGAUAUUACUUUGCGUCUUUGAUAUCUUGAUUUAUCCUCCCUGAUUGAUUGUAACUUCAUUUUGAUGGUGGUGAUGGUUAACUCUGAUUGCUGUCUAAACAACCGGACGGAACUUAUCAUAAA